CUUGACUCUACCGUCCGGCCUCGUUCUCCAAAAGACGGUACCAGGAGGAACAAAGGGACUAUGGCUUGCACCCAAGACAGAAUGGUUGGCUCAUGGAUCGUCAACUACGACGAUGAGGGCCUCCCGUACUGGACGAACGACGUGAGCGAGGAGUCGACGUACCGCCUCCUGGUGCAGCAGACGGACCAGCCCGGGAUGCCGCUCAAGCACGUGGGCGACGGGGUGAAUCCGCCGUGGAGUCUUCCCCUGACCCCGCCUCCGUCCUCUCCUUCCAAGCGGCGCCAGCAGCAGCAGCAGCAGCAGCAGCAGCAGCAGCAGCAGCAGCAGCAACAGUACUACAAGAAGAACACGGGCGGCGGCGGCGGCGCCGGCGGCGGCGGCUUUGUCGGCCGCAAGGGUAAGAAGAACAAGGACUACAAGAAGAACGGCCGGGGCGGCGGCUUCGUCAACGAGGAGGACCGCGGCGGCGGUGGCCGUGGCCGCAGCACCCGCAUGGGCUGCUGGGAGGAGCUGUUCGACUCCGUGAGCGGUACUAAGGUCUGGUACAACACCAUCACCCACAAGACGACAAGCAAGGACCCGUUCUUCUAAUGGGCAGGGGGCACCACGGCAGGCAAAGAGAGGGAGCCGAGAAACGGCAUCUGGAAAAGGAGAGAGGGAGAGGCGAAGGAAGAGACAGAAGGGGGGAGCGAGAGAGAGACAAAGACGGAGAGGGAGGAAUGUCUUCAUUUUUUGCGAAGGGAAGUGCCGAGAGAAGACGCAUAGCACGGCAGCUGCUGGGGAAAAGGAGAAUGAGAAGAAUUGCGGAGCGUACAUACCCAGAUAUGGUGAUGUGAACGUGUCAUAGGAGAAACAACCCCCGGCGGCCUGGUACAGUAGAACUGUGUGAGGUAUCAAGGAGAUGGCGACUGGUUGAACAGAGUUGCAUACAUAACACAUGGCCUACCUUGAGCAAGUAUGUUCGUGUGGUGUUUUGAAGAAGAUGGAGGCAGUACUGGACGAUAUGGUCAUCGCCCCGCACAAUCAAAAGCGCAACAACCAAGUGAAGUGAAAAAUCAGACACAGGUCUAUCUUUGGAAAGAACGAGCCCACAGGUCGCUAGAGCGGAUCCCAGCUGGUGUAGAUGGAUCUUGUUUCUACCUCCACCCUCGCCCCCGCCGCUCCUGUCCUCUGGGCCUUAGAGGUCUGUCACGAUGAUUGUUUUGACUCCAUCAAAAUGACCAUCCGUGACAUGUACAACUAGACAGAGGCGACAGGGCACUACGUAUGCCUCCAUUGUCGUCGGUAAGUUUUUCGUAAUAAUAAUGCUUGGUAUUGCUGUGUCAUUCUUGUGUUAAGGAAGUAGUUCAGGUUGCCAAGAGAUGAUUUUGUCCAGGCUUUGAAUCGUCCAGCUGAAGAGAGAGAAGAGGGCGGGAGAGAUAUAGCGAGGGUGUGAAUGUUCUCAUAGGCAUAUUUGUACGGUAGGGGUGGUGCACAGGAGAAGGCCGGGAAAGGGUGCUGGCAUUACAUCGGCGGUGCUGUCGUGGUAUUUUUGUUCUGCUGUCGGCGGCUCGUACUGGUGGUUUGGACCAUAACAUUAUGUUUUCUUAGAUGCCCGUUGGUACAAUUAAGUUCUUCAUUACGUAAGUGCCCGUCUGUCGUUCUCCUCCAACUAUCGCUCUGAGCUUUGCUUGUUGGACGGUUGAGCGUGGCGUGUGCUAUUGGCCCUGAGGAGAAAGCGUCGCCGCCAGUCAGUGCGGGGAGCAGAAAAAACAUCUGUUCAAGAACUCCUCGUAGUAUGAUAUUCUUGUGCUGUGUUUGGGGGCAAUGGUUUUCAUUCCUCUUUGAUUUCGGUGCAAGCAGUCAGAAGUUCAAGGUUCAUUGUGGUGGAGUGUCAAGCCUUGUAGGGUGUGAUGUUGAGCGCAAAGUUUGUAACCGCGAAUGAAUGGCGGGCUCUCUUGAUUUCUGACGGUCACAAUAAUGAGCAGCA